GGCGGUUAGGGUUUUAGGAGAAAGUGGGACAGAACGAACAAGCAAGCGACCUUUGCUUAUUUUUGUUUUGCACUUCUUUUCGGGGACUGAGGAGGCACCUUCGCCUUCACUUAGACCUCACACUCGCUUCAGCUGAAAUUGCUGCUGUCUCUUUGUAUUUCUGCCCCAACAAAACCCUAGAGCUGAGAGAGACCCAGAUGGCACAGUGGGGUACUCGUCGUAGGCGAGUUAAGUUCCUUGGCCAACAUGAAGAAAACAAACCCCAAAUUUCUUCCAGCAUCACUGAGGAAGAAAAUUCAACAGAUGAAUUUAAAGUAGCUGUGAAAGCUGAACCUCUAGAAAUACCAGAAAUCAAGAAGAGGAAGCGCCUCAGCCUAGGCAAAGGCAGAUGGACAACUAGUAGCUCUAAGGGUAGGACAAAGAAGCGUAAUAAUGUGACUGAAAGAUGGACAGCUGAAAGGUAUAAGCUGGCAGAGGAAAGUAUGAUGGAAGUUUUGAAGGCUGAAGGUGCAACUUUUGGAAACCCAAUUUCCAGGCUCGAACUCAGAUCGUUAGCACGUAAGCGGAUUGGUGAUACCGGGUUGCUCGAUCACUUACUGAAGCACAUUGAUGGUAAGGUGGCACCAGGUGGGACUGAGCGGUUUCGGCGGUGGUUCAACACCAAUGGAACAAUGGAGUAUUGGUUGGAGAGUGCUGAUCUGGUUAACAUUCGUCAGGAAGCUGGGGUGCAUGAUCCUUAUUGGAUUCCACCAUCUAAGUUGAUGCCAUGUGGUGCCCCCUCAGAAGAUUCUGUUUCUGCUGGAGAAUUGAAGCUACUCAAGGCAGAAGUGGAUAAAAUGAAGAGUGAUAUGCAGGAGCUGCUGUUAUCCAAGAAGCAAGAGAAAGACCGAGCCAAUCAGCAGAAUAUGCUUGAGGAUUUGAUGAAAUGGAAAGCUCAGACUGAGCAAAGCUUGAAAGUGAUUUUAGGUUCUUGGAAGGGUAUGCAGGACAAGUUUGAGGAAUUAAUGAUGUGGAAAGCUAAAGUUGAGCAACAGGUAGCUGAAAUGACUAAUGUCAUGAGUAAUAUGCAAGUACCAAAGCAAUACACUGCCACCAACCCUGAAACAUCUGAGCGAUGGGAAGAUUGGCUAGAGAGCACCAACCUCGAUAAUUUUCAGGGAAAUGAACUUGUGCCUUGGUUUGAGAGCACAAAUCUGGUUAAUGCUGAGGAAGGAGUUAUAAUCCAAGAUCCCUACCUAGCCCCACCACUUAGAUCAAAGCAUGGCGAUAGCUCAUUUCCAGACCCUUUUAGCAAAAUCAAGGAAGAAAUUACUGAAAUGGAGAGACAUGUGCAUGAGCUGAUACCAAGGAAACAAAAGGAAUAUCAAGCUAAUGUGACCCCUGAUUCUUCUGCUACUGCAAAUUCAAAGUCAGAGCUUGAUAAUUUGUUUAUGUUUCAGGAAAUGUUACAGGAGUUGUUCAAUUGGAAAUCUAUGACGGAGCAGAAGCUGAGUGAGAUGUCAAAUUCCGUGAAUGCCAUCAAGCAGACAUCAAAACUAAUGAGUCCUCCACUCCCUCCGCAGCUGCCAGAAGAUGGAAAUCUGAGUAUGGAAUAUCAUCCUUGUUUCAUGUUUUAGGAUGGAUGACUUUAGAUUGGUAAGUACCAUAGGAUUAGAUGUUGUAUAGCUGCUGCCUGAAAACCCCAUUCCAACUCUACUAAACCCAGUGAGAGACCCCCUUCUAACCUACAUGACGAGUCAAGUCAAAACCCUUCCUAAGUAUUGCCGCCUUAAUUUACUACCGACCUCUAGUUAAAUGUUGCGUAAAUGUUAAUAUACCGCUGAUUAUAUUAUAUUAUAUUAUAUUAUAUAGGUUUAGACCCUUUGCAUUGCAAGGAUGCACUUUUGCUUUCACAUGCCGAAUUACCCACAGGUGGACAUAUUUAUGUAAUGUGUUUAUGUUAUGACAGUGUGAUAACUGAUAUGAAGCGUAUUUUCGAGGUUCCC